CGAGGCCUGCCCGAGCCCGGCCCCCGCGGGCCUGCGCCUCCCCAGCGCUGGGGCCCCCUCUGCGCCCUGCCUUUACCUCUCCCCCUUGUUACCGCGCGCUCGUGACCCGCUCCUCCUUCCCCGCGUUCCCCGGCCACCUGCUGGGGUGACACCCCCCACCUUAACCUCUCUCCUCCCUGGUGACACCCUUUUUUAUCACCCUUGUGACAGCCUGUUUCGCGGUCCCCUCUGCCGCCCCCUCCUCGUCCUUUAUCCCGACCUUCCUUUUCUCCUCGACCAUUUUAUUUUGUCUCUUCGUCUCUUUGGGGAUCUCUGCUCCUUCCCUCUUUUUCCUCCCUGUGUUUCGCUCCUGCUCUUUGCUCUCGCUUCUUACCCCCUUUCAUCGUUUUAUCUCCACUGCGCCCUCCUCUCCGGCUCUUUUCUCCCCUUCGUCCUCUAUCAUCCACAUUUCCUCUCCCCCGAUCGGAUGUCCUCGCUCCCCCGCGCCUGCAGCUGUCCCCAUUUCCUUCUACGGGCUUCAGGGGUCUAAGCAGGAACAAUUUGAGGGCGAUUGCUUCCCAGGAACUGUAGGGCUGGCGGAUAGGGAUUCGUAGGCUUUCUUCUUCCUUUUCUUUUAUGCAGAGGGGAAGAGGGAGCUUGGAAGCCUUGUUACCGAGUGGGAUUGCAAAACCUGAGUGGCAGUGUGUCUUGGAGUGAGACAUGGGGUGACAUGCAUGCUAUGACCUUAUGAGACACCCAGCCUUUUGACAGAAAUAACUAAAAAUGUUUUGAAAUGUAUUUUUAUUUUGAGCGUCGUUUAAUGUGGCGGUGCAGUUUGGGAAAUUUAAAAAUGUUUAUUUACAGGCUUGACUGUUCCUCAGAACAAAUGUUUUGUUUUUGUUUGGAGGCAGAGUCCAAGGCGUCUGAAGAGUGAAAAUCAGCUUGGCAGUUAGAUUGUGACAGUCUCUUUAAUACCUUCUGAUGCCUUCCUUUGUUUUGCUCUCUCUGCCUUUAUUUGGGAGACCCUUAUAUUUGCUUAUUUUCUCCUUCCCCUUGCAAAAGAGGUUGGGGCUUCAGUUGGUUUUUCACUGAGUUGGGUUACACAUGCUUUGCAGUACAUUUAAUGAACACAUUGCUCCAUCAUAUGCAGCAAUCUAAAUUUUGGUCUCUGGGAGGAAUAAGACCUUCUAGUCAAAACUGAGUCCUUGUAAUCAUGUUAUCCAAGGAGGUUGUCGUUCUCCUGUGUCUGCCUCCACAACAGCCCUUCACAUUCUCAAGCUAUCACACUGUCAUUGUGUGUUAACCUGUUUCUCCCCUUGAAAUGAGGAGGCAUCUCCCUAUUCCUUACUUGAUAUCUGCUUGAAUUUCCUGACUACUCACCUUGAGAAGUUCUGUUCAGAAAGACAAGAUGGAACGUUGUGUCUGCAGGAACCUGGAGUAUUCCCACAGGAGGUGGCUGAUCGACUGCUUCAGACCAUGGCUUUUCAUGGUCUACUAAAUGAUGGAACUGUAGGUAUUUUUAGGGGCAACCAGAUGCGCUUAAAGCGAGCUUGCAUUCGCAAAGCCAAGAUCUCUGCUGUUGCUUUCCGGAAAGCUUUCUGCCACCACAAGUUGGUAGAACUUGAUGCCACAGGAGUGAAUGCUGACAUCACAAUUACAGACAUCAUCAGUGGGCUUGGCAGUAACAAAUGGAUCCAGCAGAAUCUCCAGUGCCUAGUGCUGAACUCAUUAACUCUCUCCCUCGAAGAUCCUUAUGAGCGGUGCUUCAGCCGACUUUCUGGCCUUCGAGCAUUAAGCAUCACCAACGUUCUCUUUUAUAAUGAAGACCUGGCUGAAGUUGCCUCAUUACCAAGAUUAGAGAGCCUGGAUAUUUCUAACACCUCGAUCACAGACAUCACGGCUCUGCUGGCUUGCAAAGACCGACUCAAGUCUUUAACCAUGCACCACUUGAAAUGUUUAAAAAUGACAACUACUCAGAUACUGGAUGUUGUUCGGGAACUAAAACAUCUGAACCAUCUUGAUAUUUCAGAUGAUAAACAGUUUACGUCAGACAUAGCUCUUCGCUUACUAGAACAAAAGGAUAUCCUACCCAACCUUGUCUCCCUGGAUGUUUCUGGGAGAAAGCAUGUGACAGAUAAAGCUGUUGAAGCCUUUAUACAACAACGACCCAGCAUGCAGUUUGUAGGUUUGCUGGCCACUGAUGCUGGUUACUCUGAAUUCCUCACAGGCGAAGGACAUUUGAAGGUGUCUGGAGAAGCCAAUGAAACUCAGAUUGCAGAAGCAUUGAAGCGGUACAGUGAACGAGCAUUCUUUGUCCGGGAAGCUCUGUUUCACCUGUUUAGCCUGACUCAUGUGAUGGAAAAAACAAAGCCAGAAAUUUUAAAGCUUGUGGUUACUGGGAUGAGAAACCACCCUAUGAAUUUGCCAGUGCAACUUGCUGCGAGUGCCUGUGUGUUUAACUUAACCAAGCAGGAUCUCGCUGCAGGAAUGCCUGUUCGACUCCUGGCUGACGUGACCCAUCUGCUGCUCAAAGCCAUGGAACAUUUCCCCAAUCACCAGCAGUUACAAAAGAAUUGCCUCCUUUCACUUUGCAGUGACCGGAUCCUUCAAGAUGUUCCAUUUAACAGAUUUGAGGCAGCCAAGCUUGUCAUGCAGUGGCUCUGCAACCAUGAGGAUCAAAACAUGCAGAGGAUGGCAGUUGCUAUCAUUUCCAUCCUGGCUGCCAAGCUUUCUACAGAACAAACUGCACAGCUUGGUGCUGAGCUCUUCAUUGUCAGACAACUUCUUCAAAUAGUGAAGCAGAAAACCAAUCAAAAUUCAGUGGACACUACUUUGAAGUUUACUUUGAGUGCACUUUGGAACCUCACAGAUGAAUCGCCAACCACAUGCAGACACUUUAUUGAAAACCAAGGGUUAGAACUCUUCAUGAGGGUUCUAGAGUCUUUCCCAACUGAGUCAUCCAUCCAGCAGAAAGUCCUAGGACUUUUGAACAAUAUAGCUGAAGUACAAGAAUUGCACUCUGAAUUAAUGUGGAAGGAUUUUAUAGACCACAUCAGUAGCCUUCUACAUAGUGUUGAAGUGGAAGUCAGUUACUUUGCAGCUGGAAUUAUUGCCCAUUUAAUAUCUAGAGGUGAACAAGCUUGGACUUUGAGCCGUAGCCAGAGAAAUUCUCUUCUGGAUGAUCUGCAUUCAGCUAUUUUGAAAUGGCCGACUCCAGAGUGUGAGAUGGUAGCAUACAGGUCCUUUAAUCCAUUUUUCCCAUUACUUGGCUGUUUCACGACACCAGGAGUCCAGCUGUGGGCAGUUUGGGCUAUGCAACAUGUCUGCAGCAAAAAUCCCUCAAGGUAUUGCAGCAUGCUGAUCGAGGAAGGAGGGCUGCAGCAUUUGUACAACAUCAAAGAACAUGAACAGACUGAUCCCCAUGUCCAACAGAUUGCUGUGGCCAUUCUGGACAGCUUAGAAAAACACAUUGUACGCCAUGGGAGACCACCUCCCUGUAAAAAGCAGCCCCAGGCCAGACUCAAUUGACAGCCAUAGGUAAUUGGAUAACGGAGGCGCAGGGAUCCUUUUUGUGAUAGGUUCAUUUGGAAUCUCUUACCCUCUGUGAUGUCUUGGAAGCUUCCAUGACGAGAGUCAAAAGCUCGGUUAGGGGUUGAUGAUGUACAGUACUGCCCACGUGAACAGUCUCUAAUUUGUCUUGUGAUUUUUAACUUACAAGGCAAGAAGGGUCUCUUCCUUCAUCAUUGCCUUUUAGGAAAUUUUCCACAUCUUUCAGUGUUUGAACUUACCCGUGCUUGAAAUUCUACAGUUUUAUGAUAAAGUUUGCACGAACACUUAGGCCAGACUUUUUUGAUCUUAAAGUCCCUUCUAAUCAAUUUGCAGCUUCAGAUAAGCUGUUAACCUGAUUUCUGGCACUGCUUCAGUUGUAAAUUUUAUACUGCUUCUGUAUAAAAUGCCUUUAUUCUCUGUGUACCUUUUAUAAGAUGUCCUUCUUAGUGUGAAAGAAUGGAAAUCCGAGUCCUCUCCUUGUGAAAGCUACUCACUGGCUGGAGCCUGGAUGGCUGGCAGAAAAAUAUAUUAAAAACUAUUAAGGAAGAAUAGAUUUUAGGAAUUGGGAAAUGGUCUGCUCUUAUGGUAUGUAUAGUUUUUAAACCGGGACAGGCUAUCCUUCUGGGGCCCACCUCUCCUGAGACAGUGACCAGUAGUUUGUAGUUUAUUUUUAUUGCCGGAAGCAUGGGCUGCCGCUUCCUACAUUGACUGCUGGUUACUCUCUAGAAAUAUUUCCCCAAGCAUCACAGUGUGAUAUUACAGCAUUCUGUGUUAAAGAUUAAGUGUCUGAAUCUCUAUAUGUCAUAUUGUUGUGAAAAUGUGAAUGUUAGAAAAAAUUGUCUCUUGUUAGAACUGAGCAUUCUUUUCCCUCUAUUUCAAAGUCAUUUUGUUCAGUGGAAUAGACUACACAUGGUGUUACCUGCUCAGUUACAAUACAAUUAACAACAGUAAAUUUUGCCACAAGAAAUUAUUUCCUUUUGUUUCAAAAUACAUGUAUCUUAAUGUUUUCAUGUUGGAGAAAGAUGUCCACAUCUCACUGCCAAAAAUGAACGAGAAGAAUUAGACUAUUGUUAGAAGUAAUGAUUCUAGUUGCAGUGCAUAAAAGGAAAUAUUUUUUGAUGGGUUAUUUUUUAGACAAUUGCCUUUCUUUUAAGAUACUUGUUACAGUAUAGUAAAGAAUCAGUUAUCAUUAUAUUAAUAAUGGCAGCUGAGAGGCAGCAAUUCACCAUGGAACUUAAUUUCCAUUAAAAAGAAAUUUUUUUAAAGCUUCAGUGCAGGGGGCCGGCCCCAGGGCGCAGCAGUUAAGUUCAUACACUCCGCUUUGGCGGCCCAGGGUUUUGCCAGUUGGAAUCCUGGGCG